GAAACAGCUGUAUGACGAACUUCCCGGCCAACUGACAUCACCGGCGGUUUUGGAGGGCGGUUUCAGAAUUCUCAGUCUCUUCUUCUUUCUUCUGCGGUAAACAGGCCAACGUACGUAAAUAGGAAUAUGAUCUCUGUCCCCUUGGAUUCCUUCUGCUCAGUAAAACAAAAAAAAAGUAAGAUCGGUAUAUACACAUUAAGUAUAUGUCCUUCCUGCUGGCUUGGCUUGGCCGGAACGCUUGGCUUCUCCAGGCCGGUCUUAUUAAUAACAAGAACACCAAUGAUAAAUAUGGGAAGAUUUUAAUUAUUAUUUUCUCUCCACAACCGACGGGAUCGUAACGAGAAGGGUAUUUUUUGAAAAAUUCUUACUUAACUGCGGUGGUGUAAGAGAAGAAAGGGAAGCACUUAUAUAAACAGAUUUUCCUGAGAGCAAUAAAGAUAAGGGUAUUAAACUCCCUUCUGCGCAAGCCUGGUACUUCCAUUAGGGAACUGAACUUGCUUGCUGGGUUGCUGCAUUAUCUCUGCCACUCUCAGCUGUAUCGAAAACCAAAAAACCCUGCCUUAAUAAAAGUCCACCAUUAUUAGGGCUUUUGUGGGUGGGUUUGGAGGUUCUCUUGUAGCUGUCGUACCAUUCGUGGUUUCAUCGCGGUUGGUACAGUGGAUUGUCUCUCUUUGCUUGAUUGGUACUACAGCAGCUGGUUGGUCAGCAGUGUUGUUACGGAUUGUGAAGGUUAUAUAUAUAAGUUUUUUUUGAGAGCUUUGAAGAGGAAUCUGGGGCUGAACAAGUUGAGGCAAUGGGUGAUUCUAGCGGCUCUGUCUCUGUUGAUGUGGAAAUGAUCCCUUGGGGCGGACAGGAGCACGUUGUGAAGACAAGCCAUGGGCCAAUCUCUGUUUUUGUCUGUGGGGAUCAGGAGAAGCCGGCGCUCAUUACUUAUCCGGAUGUUGCCUUGAAUUACAUGUCAUGUUUUCAAGGUCUUUUCUUCUGCCCCGAGGCUGCUUCACUGCUCUUCCACAAUUUCUGUAUAUAUCAUAUUGAUGCACCUGGGCAUGAGUUGGGAGCGGCUGCUAUUUCUUCCGAUGUUGCUAUACCCACUGUAGAUGAUCUGGCAGAGCAGGUUGCUGAAGUGCUUGAUUACUUUGGGCUUCAAGGGGUAAUAUGUAUGGGUGUCACUGCAGGGGCUUACAUUCUCACACUGUUUGCACUGAAAUACAGAGAACGAGUGCUUGGGCUUAUACUCAUAUCCCCUCUUUGUCAAGCACCUUCUUGGACGGAAUGGUUUUACAAUAAGGUAUUGAUCAAUUUGCUCUACUUUUAUGGGAUGUGUGGAAUUGUUAAGGAUAGUUUGCUUCAGCGUUACUUUAGUCAGGAAUUGCGUGGCAGUAUACAAGGUUCAGAGUCUGACAUUGUGCAGGCUUGCAGAAGAUUACUGGAUGAGAGGCAGAGCAAUAAUGUUAUGCGCUUUAUGCAACUGAUUGGCCGGAGAUAUGACCUGACUGACAUGUUGAAGAAAUUGCAGUGUAGAACACUCAUAUUUGUUGGAGAGAACUCUCCUUUUCAUGAAGAAGCUCUUCACAUGAAUGCAAAAAUGGACAAAAGAUACAAUGCUUUGGUUGAGGUCCAAGCUUGUGGAUCACUUGUGACAGAGGAACAGCCUCAUUCGAUGCUAAUCCCAAUUGAAUAUUUUCUGAUGGGAUAUGGCUUUUACAGGCCUCCUCAGCUAUCCUCCAGCUAUGGAUCAAGCCCAACCAGCCCUCUGAGUCCAUCUUGCAUCUCACCUGAAUUGCUGUCUCCAGAAAGCUUAGGCUUGAAGUUAAAACCUAUCAAGACUCGGGUGGCUGUUGAUGAUUAAAAUGAAUGUUAGAUUCCUCGGAAACAUUUUCUAUCUGACCGAAUUGAAGAGGGAAUUGCCAAACACAUGCAGUAAGCUCUAUCAUAACCGGCCAGUAAAGGAGCCAUGCAUGAUAGUCCUGGAUAUGUGAUAGUCACGCCUCUGUCAGUAUGCUGUCAAAGCUGUGGACAUAUUUUGGUCACAAGGAAAUAAUUUGAACGUCAAGGAAGUUGUCAGGGAUUUUUUUGGGGUAUAUCUUAUUUGAUCUGUUUUGUUUUGCUUCGGACUUGUGGGGCAAGAAGACAACUGAUGAGCUGAGCUCCUGGUCUCUCAUUGUUUGGGGGUAGUGUAGUCAACUCAUCGCUUGAGAACAAGUCGAUAAAUUUAGAAUAUAAUGCGGCAAUUCCUUUAUGUAGAUAAAUUUGAGAUAUCUUUGUAUCCACUGUAUGUAGAGAAUGUAUUCAUUUUCUAAGUAGAGGCUGGGGAACAAUUUUUGUGGUCAUUCAUUUGUAGAAUAACAAAGAUGUACUAUUUCGAUUUGAUCAAUCUUUGUGUCCGGAAUAAAUAAGAAUUUCAUUAUAUUCAA